GGUAAAAAGAGUUACCAUUCAUGAGCGAUAGCAUUCAGGAUUCAACUCGAUCUGGUGUGGGUAGUAUAUGAAUAUAGAAGGAAUUCAUGUCGUUGUAUUGUUCUAUACUAAUAAUACGAAUACUGCAAAAACCAUGCAAUGAACCAACACAGGAGGAAUCUAAGGAAGGUAAGGGAAUCCGUGUCCGGUGAUGGCGGCUCCGGUCACCAUACCACCAAUGGAGAUCAUUGCCAAACGUCCAUUCUUCAAUUCAGCGAGUUGGUAUUCCUUGAGCUUCUCGGGAUCUUGUGGUUUCAAACCCAAAGGAUCAAAUCCGUAGUCACCAGGGGCACGGUCGUAUUCGUUCAUGUUGGCCAAAGCGGGGAAAGUGCAGGCCUCGACGAAGGAGAUCCAUCCGAAGAUUUGGAUCAUGGAAGUAUUGGCCAAGGCAUCGUGUGCAUCGAUGACAUUGGGGAUGGAGUCGAAGCUGAAUUGCUCACCAGGAAUUCGGACGAAUUCGGGAAUAACGAAACCGACGGUUGCCAACAUGGCAGCACGUCCGUGCUUCAAUUCGGCCUCACGGUACCAUGGGACCCAUUCGGGAGAGCGCUAUUUUUCGAUAUGAAAGCAAAAAGUAAAAGACAAUUAAAAGGAAGCAGUCGAGACAAACGAAAAUAUCGCGUGAGUCUACCAGAUGAAGGCAUCACAUAUUUCUUUCUUGUUCCAGCCCUUUCUUCGUCUGCUGCUCUGUACUGCGUGAAAUUGAGAUUUUCUUAUCGACAAUAAUCUAACCGCAAUUGGGCAUGUAAGCAUACACUACUCACCCCGCAGAAGUCCAAAGGAUCCCAGUUGGCGGAAGUUUGUUGGAUACCCGCGAAAGGGAUGGGUUCAGGACCUUCUCCACCAACGUAACCUCUGCAAAAUUCUUCGUUCAGCUUAGUGGAUGCUCUGGAGGUAGAAACAGGGGCGAAGGCGCCUGCUGUUCCGGCAAGGACGGCAGCUGCCAAUAGCAUAGAUGAUUUCGUCAUGGUGAAAAAUUUGAUUUGUUGGAUAAAUAUGCGACGGAAUC